GAUAGUCUUCAGCUGGAAUGGAUUGGGAGCUGAAAAAGAGAAAUCAUAAGUCAAGGACAAAAACAGGCUAACAUGACUGGUACCAUUAUAAUAUAGUGAGCCACCCCUUUUCUAAAGAAGAGCCCAAAGGAAGACUGGUCAUCUCUUGUAAAUCUCAAAAACCAUGGCUCAGGGAUCAGUGUCAUUCAAAGAUGUGACUGUGGACUUCAGUCAGGAGGAGUGGCAGCACCUGGAUCCUGCUCAGAAGACACUCUACAUGGAUGUAAUGUUGGAAAACUAUUGCCAUCUCAUUUCUAUAGGGUGUCACAUGACCAAGCCUGAUGUGAUCCUCAAAUUGGAACGAGGAGAAGAACCGUGGACAUCAAGUUGUUAUUAAUUAUAUUCUUUUCUAGAAGAAAACUGGAAAGCUGAAGACUUUUUAUUGAAAUUCAAGGAACAGCAAGAUAAGUAUUCUAGAUCAGUUAUAUUAAUCAACCACAAAAAGCUGGUUAAUGAGAACGGUAGUACAUGUGAAAAGACAUUUACUUUAAGUAAAAACUCUAUUAAUUCAAAAAAGCUACCUCCUGAAUAUGACACUCAUGAAAAGAUUUUAAAAAAUGUUUCAGAAUUAAUCAUCAGUAAUCUAAGUCCUACAAGAAGGAGACUUAGUGAGUGUAAUGGGUAUGGGAAAUCACUCCUCAAUACUAAACCAGAGACAGCUCACCCUGGAGUCAAAUCUCAUAAUCAACGUGGGAGGACCAUCAGUCGUAAUGAAACGAUCACGCAAUAUCAUAAGAUGGAAACACCAGCACAGUCAUUUGAAUAUAAUGACUGUGAGAAAGCCUUUUUUAAAAGAGGAGGCCCAAUUACACAUAGUAGAACUUAUAGAAGGGGAAACACAUCUGAUUAUAAUAAAAGAAGAACAACUAAUAUUGAAAAAAAGCAUACAUGCACUGAAUGUGGGAAGUCCUUUUGCAGGAAAUCAGUAUUGAUUCUGCAUCAGGGAAUUCACACAGAAGAAAAACCCUAUCAAUGUCAUCAGUGUGGAAAUUCAUUUAGGAGGAAAUCCUAUCUCAUUGAUCAUCAAAGAACUCAUACAGGGGAAAAACCCUAUAUUUGUAAUGAAUGUGGGAAAUCCUUCUCCCAGAAAACAACCCUUGCUCUUCAUGAGAAGACUCAUAAUGAAGAGAAACCUUAUAUUUGUAAUGAAUGUGGAAAAUCCUUCCGCCAGAAGACAACCCUUGUGGCACAUCAGAGAACACAUACAGGGGAAAAAUCCUAUGAAUGUCCUCACUGUGGGAAGGCUUUUAGAAUGAAGUCAUACCUCAUUGAUCAUCACAGAACUCACACAGGAGAGAAACCAUAUGAAUGUAAUGAAUGUGGAAAGUCCUUCAGUCAGAAGACAAAUCUCAAUUUACAUCAGAGAAUCCACACAGGAGAGAAACCUUAUAUUUGUAAUGAAUGUGGGAAGUCUUUUCGCCAGAAAGCAACCCUCACUGUACAUCAGAAAAUACAUACAGGGCAGAAAUCCUAUGAAUGCCCUCAGUGCGGGAAAGCCUUUAGCAGGAAAUCGUAUCUCAUUCAUCAUCAAAGAACUCAUACAGGAGAGAAACCAUACAAGUGUAGUGAAUGUGGGAAGUGCUUCCGCCAGAAGACAAAUCUCAUUGUACAUCAGAGAACUCACACAGGGGAGAAACCAUAUAUUUGUAAUGAAUGUGGUAAGUCCUUCAGUUAUAAGAGAAAUCUUAUUGUCCAUCAGAGAACUCACAAGGGAGAAAACAUGGAAAUGCAGUAA